AUGAAAAGCCUACUUGAGUUAGUAGAUGAUGGGCAAACUGUCAUCGGUUAUGACGGUUCCAUUCACUGUAAAAGACGUCAUAAUUUUUGUGCGUUCAUCGUCUAUAUGGAAUGGGACGCCACAUCUCUGGAUGAUUAUCUUACAGUCGUGAAGCUGCAAUGUACAAGGUCUAAUGUGUUGCACCACAAUGCACAUGUGAUUUUUAAGGGUGGCGACGGUCUCUUCAAUGACUACUAUGAGCCUCUGGUCAAGAUAUACCAUGAUUGUCAUGGGAUACGGCGAAUUCGCCAGAAAAACUUUCAUCUCAGAAGUGAACCCGUCAAAAAAUUUUGGGAUUCCUAUUCCUACGAUGUCAACAUUGAUUCACAGAGUACUUGGGUGUUUUUCAAUUAUCAAGUGCUCGGUAUGAAUGGGUUGGAUCGUUCAAAUGUUGACAAGGAUCUGAACGACUGGCUAAAUGAAACAGACGUCACCGGCCGACGACAUCUAUUCGAAGACGAUAGUAUUAGAUUUAGUGAUGACGCUUUCUCUUCAGAUACGACUUCUUAA